ACCACAUUCAAACAUUUAUAAUAAGAGGAUAGAGUGAUUAAUUUUGUUGUAUAUAGAACUACCAAAAUAUAAAAAGAUCGAAAAAAUUAGGGGCGUCUUAGCAGUUUCAGAUGCAUUAUUGAAGAUAAAAAGGGUACUUAUCUUUGCUCAUCUGUGGUUCAAGAACUUUGCUCAAAUUUGAUCUUUUAUAUUCAGUUAUUGAAACUUCAUUGGGAAGGUUUGAAAAUGGAUUCUCAGUUUGCCCAAACUAAUACCAUCGUGCGGUCAAGAAAUGAGGAUCUUAUUCGUUCUGUGCUUCCUUUGUUGAAACUUAUUUGUCUCUCGGUUAUUGGUUUAAUUCUAGCCCACCCCAAAACUCAACUUGUUCCAAGAGCCACUUUCAAGCUUCUUAGCAAGCUUGUUUUUGCUUUGUUCUUGCCCUGUAUGAUCUUUAUUCAUCUUGGGGAAACUAUUACUCUCAAGAAUUUCACCCGCUGGUGGUUUAUACCUGUUAAUGUGAUUCUUAGCACUGCUAUUGGUUGUGUUUUGGGGUUCUUGGUGGCUAAAAUAUGUCGGCCACCUCCAGAAUACUUUAGGUUUACAAUCAUUAUGACAGCCUUUGGGAAUACGGGCAAUUUGCCUCUUUCUAUUGUUGCAUCAGUAUGCCAUAGUUCUGAUAAUCCAUUUGGCCCAACUUGUCACACUACUGGUACAGCCUAUGUAUCUUUUGCCCAAUGGGUUGCAGUUCUUCUUGUUUAUACUCUUGUUUACCACAUGAUGGAGCCUCCGAUGGAUUAUUAUGAUAUUGUUGAGGACGGUGUUGAAAUUCAAGAACAAUUACCCUCAAACGAUCUCAGUAGGCCACUUCUUGUGGAAGCCGAGUGGCCUGGAAUGGAAGAUAGAGAAACUGAACAUUGCAAAACCCCAUUAAUUGCAAGAGUUUUUGGGGAUGUAUCCAGCGUAUCCCAAAAUUCAAUUCAAGAACCCGAUUCAUUGCUUGAAGAAGGUCCAGCUCCAGCUCCAGCUCCAGGGAGUCCAAAAUCUCUUAGAUGUUUAGCUGAGCCUCGGGUUGUCAGAAGAAUAAGAAUUGUGGCUGAGAAAACGCCAGUUCAACACAUUCUUCAGCCCCCAACAUUUGCUACAUUAUUGGCUUUCAUUGUUGGUAUGGUUCCUCCUAUCAAAUCGGUUGUUUAUGGAGACGAUGCGCCACUUGCAUUCAUCACAGAUAGUUUAGAAAUUUUGGCUGGAGCAAUGGUGCCUUCUGUAAUGCUUGUCCUCGGAGGAAUGCUUGCCGAGGGUCCCAAUGAAUCUAAGCUCGGGCUAAGAACUACCAUUGGUAUUAUUGUUGCUAGACUUUUGGUACUCCCCUUGGUUGGAUCUGGCGUAGUUUUAUUGGCAGAUAAACUAAAAUUUCUGAUCCCCGGGGAUCAAAUGUACCGAUUCGUGCUUCUAUUGCAGUACACAACACCAAGUGCCAUCUUGUUGGGAGCAGUUGCAAGCUUAAGAGGUUAUGCAGUUAGUGAAGCUUCGGCUCUCCUCUUUUGGCAACAUAUCUUUGCUGUCUUCUCUCUUUCAAUAUAUGUUGUCAUUUACUUCAAGCUGCUGUUUUCUUAUAUUUGAGGUUUGUUUUGAACUUUGCUGCUUCUCCUUAAAUUACAACCAUGACUAGUUUUUAGCUGAUGGUCGUAUCAAGUUUUACAUCUGAACUCGUGUAGUUGAAUUACGUUGAUGAAGAAUGAAAAUGAAUCCUCCUGUAAAUGAGUCAAAUAAUAUUGACUCAAAAUAAUU